UAUUAUUACUAUUAACCCCCCCAACCACCCCCACCCCGCGAGGAGUCACGUGGUUCCCUCCUGCCGCUCUGCAGGUGAAGUGAAACGUGAAGCGCGCGCGCACGGCGUAACGGUCGUCUCUGGCAGGAGGGCUCGAGCCUUCACCUGACAAACCAGGAGGUGGAGGUGGAUGGAGGUGUGAGGUUGGUGAUGGAGAGCGCUCUGUCAGCGAGGGAUCGUGUGGGAGUGCAGGAUUUCCUGCUUCUGGAGAACUACACGAGCGAAGCUGCGUUCAUUGAGAACCUGCGCCGGCGUUAUAAAGAGAACCUCAUAUACACGUAUAUCGGCUCCGUUCUGGUCUCAGUGAAUCCAUACAAAGAGCUCGGGAUCUACUCCAAACCAAACAUGGAACGCUACAGAGGAGUCAACUUCUACGAGAUUUCACCUCACAUCUUCGGCUUGGCGGAUAACUCGUACCGAGCCCUGAGGACAUCUCGUAAGGAUCAGUGUAUCCUGAUCUCAGGAGAGAGCGGGGCAGGAAAAACCGAGGCGUCUAAAAAAAUCCUGCAGUACUACACCACCACCUGCCCCACACGCAACAACACACAGUCCAUCCGAGAGAGGCUGCUGCACUCCAUCCCUGUGCUCGAGGCAUUCGGAAACGCCAAAACCCUGCGUAACGACAACUCCAGCCGCUUUGGCAAGUACAUGGACUUGCAGUUUGACUACAAGGGUGCUCCGAUCGGCGGCCAUAUCCUAAACUACCUUCUGGAGAAGUCUCGGGUGGUGCAUCAGAACCACGGCGAGAGGAACUUCCACAUUUUCUACCAGCUGCUGGAGUCAGGGAACAGCUCACUACUGAUGGGGCUGGGGCUGGACGUGACAAACCCACAUCACUACCGCUACCUGGUUAAGGGUAAUUGUCCAAGGGUGAGUUCCAUCAAUGAUAAGAACUGCUGGAAAGCCGUAAGUAAUGGUCUCACCGUGAUCGGCUUCAGUGAAGAGGAAGUCGAGGAGUUACUGAAGGUCGUUGCCAGUGUUCUCCAUUUGGGAAACACCCAGUUUGGAGAAGAUGAGUACGGGGAGACACACUUCACCACGGAGACACGGCUCACAUACCUCACAGAGCUGCUGGGUGUGGAGGGAUCUGCUCUGAGUGAAGCUCUUACGCAUAAGAAGAUUGUUGCCAAAGGAGAGGAGAUGAUCGGCCCACUGACCCUCGAGCAGGCUCUUUCAGCUCGAGAUGCUCUGGCCAAAGCUAUAUAUGGGCGUACCUUUACUUGGCUUGUCCAGAAGAUCAACCAGUCACUGGCUUUUCAGGAUGAAGUCUACUACACCAGCAAAUGCUCCUCUGUUAUCGGUCUGUUGGACAUCUACGGCUUUGAAGUCUUUCAGAACAACAGCUUUGAACAGUUCUGUAUCAAUUACUGUAACGAGAAGCUGCAGCAGCUUUUCAUCGAGCUCACGCUUAAGAGCGAGCAAGAGGAGUACGAGGCCGAAGGCAUCGGGUGGGAGUCGGUGGAAUACUUCAACAACAAAAUCAUCUGUGACUUGGUGGAGGAGAAAUUCAAAGGCAUCAUCGCAAUCCUGGAUGAAGAGUGUCUAAUGCCUGGAGAUGCCACUGACAUCACAUUCCUGGAGAAGCUCGAGGACAGAAUGGGAGGCCACGCCCAUUUUGUGACCCAUAAACUGGCCAAUGGGAAGAUUCGCAAGGCCGUAGGGCGGGAGGAGUUUCGCCUGCUGCACUACGCUGGAGAGGUCAACUACAAUGUGAAUGGUUUCCUGGACAAAAAUAAUGAUCUUCUGUACAGGAACCUAAAAGAGGUGAUGUGUCAGUCCAGGAAUACAAUUAUAAGGCAGUGUUUUCAUCCAGAUGAACUGACAGAUCAGAGGAGACCAGAGACAGCUGCUACCCAGUUUAAGCUGAGUUUGGCGAUGCUAAUGGAGAUUCUGAUGUCGAAGGAGCCGUCAUACAUCCGCUGUAUCAAACCCAAUGAUGCCAAACAACCAGGAAGGUUUGAGGAGGUGCUGGUUAGACACCAGGUGAAAUACCUGGGCUUAAUGGAGAAUCUGAGAGUAAGAAGAGCUGGAUUUGCUUACAGGCGAAGUUUUGAGGCUUUCUUACAAAGGUAUAAGCCACUGUGCCCUGACACUUGGCCUAACUGGAAAGGAAAUCUAUCAGACGGAGUCUCUACACUAGUGAAACACCUGGACUACAAACCAGAGGAGUACAAACUGGGAAGGUCAAAGAUUUUCAUUCGUUUUCCCAAAACACUCUUCCGCACAGAAGAUGCUCUGGAACUGAAGAAACCAACCAUCGCGAUCGUAUUGCAGAAAUGCUGGAGAGGCUACAGGGAAUGGGCCAAAUAUCAGCGCAUCAGGCACGCAACAAUCACAAUCCAGUCGUGGUGGAGAGGUGUGAAAGGACGCCGGAUAGCCAGACGUCGCAGACAUGCUGUAAACAUCAUCCGCACGUUAAUAAAAGGCUUUAUUCUGAGGCAUGAGCCCCGUUGUCCUGACAACGAGUACUUCCUGGACCACGUGCGCUUCUCGUAUUUGAUGACAAUCAAGCGGAACCUCCCAAAGAGUGUCCUGAAAAGGACUUGGCCGGUACCACCACCAUCACUUGAAGAGGCCUCGGUGUACAUCCACCGUCUGUGCAUCCGAAACAUGGUAAACGACUACUGCCGGAAAAUCCAACCCGAGUGGAAGAACCAGUUGGAGCAGAAGGUUGUAGCCAGUGGUAUUUUCAGAGGUCAGAAGGACAACUACCCUCGAAGUGUCCCUAGGCUUUUUGUGGGCACCAGGCUGGAGAAUGAAGAGAUCAAUCUCAAAGUGAGACAAACUCUCGGAAGUGAAAACAAAGUGAAGUACGGUGUGCCGGUCAUCAAGUACGAUCGGCAUGGGUACCGCGCCAGGCCACGCCAGCUCCUCAUGACCGGCUCUUCUGCGGUUCUUGUUCAGGAGUCCAAAAUCAAGCAGCGCAUUGACUAUGGUUCACUGCUGGGCAUCUCAGUCAGUUCUCUCAGCGACGGCUUUUUUGUCCUGCAUGUUCCUACUGCUGACAGCAAACAUAAGGGAGACCUGGUGCUGCAGAGUGACCAUGUGAUCGAGGCUGUCACCAAACUGGUCAUCCUGUCCGACAAGAUACACAAUGUGAACGUCAGUCAGGACAGUAUUAGAUUUGCAAUAUCUCGGGGCAAAGAGGGCGUCAUUGAUUUCACCUCUGGGGCAGAGCUACGAGUGGUCAAGGCCAAGAACGGACACCUGGCUGUGACGGCCCCACGAAUUAACAGCGGCGUAUGAUUGUGCUUGGACCAAUCACAGCUCAAUAUGAAGAAGCGUUCAUCACAAUGGACCAGUCACUCACUGAAGAUACUCCGCUUAUGCCAACCGCCACACAACCGCCACACUUUAUAAUAACGAACUGUCGUGCUGUGAACGCUAAGCUCGUGUUUUUGUUUCAAAUGAGCGCCACUAACUUUUAUAUCGUUUGAUUUGAUUUUUCACACUAAUAACAUUUAGCACAGUAACGAAACGAUUCCUGCACCACUUUUACGAACAUCGUUUUUAGUUUGUUCUGAUUUAAAAAAAAACAUUUCUAAUGGUUUCUUUAUGACUUUUGCACACUUUGGAAAGUUGUCAUGACAGUCUAUGACACGGGGUUUCGCUUUACUUAGUCAGGGGACAUGUGCUGUUACAUUUAGUUUCAUUCAGUAAAAAAAAAAAAAAACAUUUACGUUUCUCAUUUCCUUUCAGUUUCGCCUGAAACGUGAUCGCAGUGCUGGUCUUAAACGCAGCAUACAGUUAGAGGCAGCGUCUGUGUCACGUGUAGGAUUCAGGAAGUUCACGAACUCAUGUCCCAGUGUCAGCAGUCAGUUACAAAAGAUGACGACUGGAUCGAAAGGUGACACAAAUCCAGCUGUUAGAAACACAAAACAUGUACAUUGCAAAUGUACAGUCUUAAUACAAGUAAUACCACAUAUGUACCUCAGCUGCAGAGCAAAAAAGACACCAGAGGAAAUAUCUGACUGAGAGAAACUUUACAAUAUACACUCUGUGGACAAAAGUAUUGGGACACCUAAUUUUUCAGUCUUAUGAGUUCAUUCCCCAAACCUUUGGAGGCACACAGUUGUAUAGAAUGUCUUUGGGUGCGUUAGCAUGAACUUUUCCCUUUACUCGAACCCGAACCCUGUUCCAGCAAACCGGGUUCAUGAAGAUAUACUAUAUGUGUUGGAGUGGAAGAUCUUCUUCACCUGAACACUUUUGGGAUAAAUGUGAAUACUGACUGCAGCUCAGGCCUCCUGAGCACAAAUCUCCACAAAAACCUAGUGGAACAUCUUCCCAGAAGAAUGCUUUAUGUGGACUUAAUAUGGAAUGGUCAGGUGUCCACAAACUUUUGUCCACAGAAUGUAUAGGAAAUUAGGAACCAACAAGAAUAAACUUAUGUUCCAAGUAAAGGCAUCAAAACCACCAAUUUGUAAUAAUUUUUGCGUAAUCUCCAAAUAAAAAUAAAAAAAGCCA